AUGUCAACACCCGUCCUUCGCAGCUCGCCAACUGGUAUCUCGGCCCUGAUUUCCGGUGCAGGAAUUGGAGGACUCGUCGCAGCGUUGGAAUUAUGGCGUAAAGGGUGCAAUGUGCGAGUCUUUGAGAAGACUGCUGUUAGCAGCACUGCUGGCGAUGUGAUUAAUAUCGGACAAUCUGCGUUGAAAUUUCUGGACCAUUGGCCAGAGAUGAAGAAGCGACAUGAUGAAAUCGCGUAUUCGCCUCUGUUUGCGGGCUGUACACUUGCGGGGGAACGGCGAUUGAGACCCGGAGAGAUGGCCAGGGUGAAUUUGGCAGUCAAGGACCCGGAGAAAGCGAAGAGGAUUACGACUUGGAGCGCGGCGAUGCAUUCGCGGCCGAAAUUCCAUGCUUUGCUUCUGGAGCAGGUGCGGAAAUGUGGGAUUCCGAUUGAGUUUGGAAGGGAGGUUGUGGAUUAUUUCGAGGAUGAGGAUUCUGCGGUUGGGGGAAUUGUGCUCAAGGAUGGGGAGAGGUGUGAGGCGAAUGUCGUGGUUGCCGCUGAGGGGUGGCAUGGGCAGUCUUGGAGACUUGUUGCUGGGGAACCUGUGCCUGCGAAGAGUAGUGGGCUUGCUAUUUUUCGAGCGGCGUAUCCGGUUGAGUUGGCUGUGAGGGAUCCGGUUGUUGCUGAGAGGUUCAAGCUUAGGGAGGGUGAUCGGACGACUUUUGAGUUGUGGACUGGAGAGGGACGUGUCUUUGCUACAUUCUGGAGAAACCAUGAGUCUAUGAUGUGGUCUGUCACACGUCCAGACCUCGAUGGCACCGCGGUAGAAUCCUGGAGUAAUAAAAUCGAUGUGGAGGAAGUGCUCAAAUUCACAUCCCAUGUCCCUGGCUGGGCGGAAGUGGCAGAUCGGGUGAUCAAAGAAACUCCGGGAGGCGAACUCAUCGAUUGGAAGUUGAUGUGGAGAGACCCUCAGCACAAUUGGGUCUCACCAAGGGGCUUCGUCGUGCAGCUGGGAGAUGCAGCUCAUACAUUUCUGCCCAGUUCUGGGAAUGGAGCUACUCAGGCCAUUGAAGACGCCGUCAGUCUCGCCGCUUGUAUAGCGGCGGCGAAGAACAUCCCGGACGCAACUCGCGUGCACAACCUCCUGCGGUUUGAGAGAGUCUCCUUCCUGCAAGCCAUGGGAGUUGCAAGAUCUCACACCAGAAUCGAGAGUGGAGCGAAGAAUUUGAAAGAACCUCCUGUCCCUGGCAGUUGGCUUUGGGAGCAUGAUGCUGAAGCUUAUGCCGAGGAGAGAUUUGAGGAGGCGAGACUGCACUUGGAGGACCGGACGAGACCAUUUCUGAAUACUAAUCGGCCUACCAAAGGUGUGGAGUACAUUCCAUGGACUAUCGACGGACUGAUUCAGGGGCUGGAGAAGGGCGAGCCGACGAUUCUAGAUGGCGAUUGGAGUUGA